AAAAGCGAUGCACCGACCAUAUCUGAUUACCGGCGAGCGGUAUUCGAGAAGCCGGCAACUGUGCGAUAUUAACUACGUUGGAAGCUGAACAAAGCCUCAACACUUUAAACAUUAUUGAACUGGUUGAACUUCGUAAAUCAAGAGUUUUUCACAAAUUUUAAUUCAAACGACCGUGAUGCAACCAAACCAAAACGAAUUGCGAUUUUUUGGUAGUACUAGAAUAUGUCAACAAAACCUGACAUUGAUCGUUUUAAAAGUCGCACGUGCAGUUUGUUGUUAAGCGAGUGUGAGAUUUUUACGAGUUUUUAGUUAAAUUAAUUGGUUUAAAAUGAGUGCAAAGAUUAAACUAAAGGAGGUGUACGAAAUACAGAACCAGUACAAGGCUUUCUACACCGGGGGAACGGUCCAAUGGAGUUCGGACGGGCAAGAACUACUUUGUCAAAACGCCGGUACCAUAAACUUGGUAUCGGUCAACGAUGAUACGGUUGCACCGAUUACUUUCGGCGGGACAGCAACGGACGACGAAAUAGCCGAAGACGUCGUGUACAGCUUUGCCCUCAGCCAUGAUGGUUCCAGCGUGGUGUCGGCUCAUCGUUCUGGUUUGCUCAGACUGUGGGAUAAGUCUACCCAACAGGUCAGUAAAAUGUGGAAAGGCGUCCAUAUGGGUCCCAUAAGCGAGUUAGUAUUUAACGGGGACGAUUCGCUGAUUGCUAGCGGUGGCACGGAUACUACCGUACGGAUUUGGGAUCCACAAGAACAGAUUAGCAAGGGAACGCUACGUGGUUGCCAGGGCGUUGUAAAUUUACUAGUCUUCCAUCCAGAUAUGGAAAGUAAAACUAUACUAGCUGCUGGUGACGAUGUUAAGAUCAAUGCUUGGAAUUACGAGACUAGGGAGUUGAUCAAAACAUUCUCGGGCCACUUUUCUAAAGUAACGGGUGUUGCAUUUUCAAACGAUCGUAAAUUUAUUGUUUCCUCUGGCAGGGAUAAGAUUUUGAUCUUGUGGAACUAUGAAACACAAGAAUCUGUCAAAACUAUCCCAGUGUACGAAAGCUUGGAAAGCGUGAUUAUUUUACCCGAUUCUGUAAAGAUUACUGGCUGUAAAUUUGAUGCUGGAAAAAUUUAUGCUGCUUGUGCUGGUGAGGAAGGCAUCAUCAAGGUUUGGGAGAUGACGGAAACCAAAAUUGUUUUCAAACAAAACAAUAGUUUGGUCUCAAAAGCCACUGAAGAAGGCGGACUUGCUAUCACAGCUAUGCUGUUCAACCAACAAACUCUGCAGUUAGCCGUCAUCACAGCUGAUCACAAUAUUAUCAUCCAUAAUUUGGACACUUUUGAAUGUUCUAAACAGUUCUCAGGGUUUAGCGAUGAAAUACUGGACCUGAUCCUUUUCGGUAAAAACGAUCAAUAUCUUGGUAUGGCAACGAACAGCAACGAUUUCAAAAUUUAUGAAACAGCAACAAUGAACUGUAAGUUGAUUAAAGGGCAUACUGAUAUCGUUCUAUCGUUAUCGGCGAAUGCACAUUUUCUGGUGUCCUCAUCAAAAGACAAUUCAGUUCGAUUGUGGCGAUACGACUCUAAGAAGUUCGAAAUUCAAUGUGUUGCAAUUGGAUUGAAACACACCAAUGCCGUGGGUGGUGUAGCACUGAGCAAGGUCUCUGGUAAAUUUUGUGCUAGCGUUAGCCAAGACAAAUGCCUGAAAGUUUGGAAAAUACCCUUCGAGUUUAAAGAUACUACAGAUGAAAAAGAACUGACUCGGUUGAAUUGCACGCUAACGGAACUAGCUCACGAAAAAGACAUCAACAGUGUUUGUAUAUCGCCAAAUGAUCGUCUGGUAGCCACUGGCUCGCAGGACAAAACCGCCAAGCUGUGGGACCUCAGUAAUCUUUCGUUGGUGGGAGUUUUCCGAGGUCAUCGUCGGGGAAUCUGGACCGUUCGUUUUUCUCCUGUAGAUCAAAUACUGCUCACGAAUGCGGCCGACUGUUGCAUAAAAUUGUGGUCUUUAACGGAUAUGACCUGCCUGAAGACGUUGGAGAGCCAUGAAAGUUCUGUCCUGAGGGUUGAAUUUUUGUCCCAUGGAAUGCAACUGAUAUCAGCUGGAGCUGAUGGGUUGCUCAAGUUAUGGUCAAUCAAAACGUCCGAGUGCAUCCAAACGAUGGACAAGCACGAAAGUCGAAUUUGGGCCAUUUGCAUAACACAAGACGAAAGUGUAUUCUACAGUGGAGGUUCAGAUUCCCAACUUAUCAGAUGGAAGGAUGUCACCGACGAAAAGCGAGAACGGGAACAGAACGAAAAGAAUAAUAUGUUCCUCCAGGAACAAGAAUUAAACAAUUUGAUGAAUGAUAAAAAACUAUUGAAAGCUUUACGACUUUCUCUUAAUCUUGAUCGACCCUUUAUGACCCUCAAAAUUAUAACUGCUGUCAUAAAAAAUCAAGAACAAGGUCUGCCGGAGACAGUUCAAAAGCUGAAAAAUGACCACAAGGAAACGCUUCUGAAACACGCGGUCGAAUGGAACACCAACAGUAAGAACUGUCGCCCCUCCCAGUUGGUCCUGAACAUCCUGCUGCAGGAAAUGCUUACCGGACGCUUCCAGGUGUCGGAGCUCAAUAAACAUUUGGAGGCGGCGCUGCCCUACACCGAACGACACUUCAAACGGCUCACCGAGUACGCAAAGGAUCUUAAGUUUAUCGAGUACACUUUGCUGUGUAUGCAACCGCAUGCCGGUGGGUGCAAUUCGACCGGAGAAGUGCCAAUAAAACAAGAUUAACUUCGCUGGAGGUCAUGUGUUUGAGGCACGUGCG